CUGGAUGUGUCUGUCUAUCAGUGGGAGCUGUCUGAACGCACCGCGCAUCACCAAUGUGCGCACAUUGCACUGCGGAGAAUAUCCAGGGACGCUCGUUAGAAUAAAUAAAAACAAAUAAAAAGCAGGAAACAAUAACAACAGUAUCUCACAGUCUGCGGCUCAGAGGGCGGGCCUGCUCGUUGUGUUUUGGGAUGACUUUCUGAGAAAUUCGUGAAGUGUCCGUGUUGACAAUCGGACGGACAGCGUAGCCUAUAUACUGUAGCGGAGAUUGGAGCCCGGAGCUGGCACUUGGUCUGACGGAGGGAGCGAAACACUACAGCGCAGUUUGGACCCGUCUCUACCGCCGAGUGAGUUAAAACGCAAGACGAGGAGCUCCGUUUUCUUCACUUUUGCUCUGAAUAGAGGUAUGAAAUAUUCCAUUGAGGGGUGUUGAUGGAAACGCGGCGAAGAGCUCCCGUAUAUAUCCCCACUCGAUAGACUGAGAUCCGCACGGAGCUUUCCGCCAGUUUUUCGCCGAGCCAGCCUGCGAUGACUUUCUGUGAUCGGCAGAAGUUAACGGACGAGCCCCCUUUUUGCUUUACAUGAUUUGUAAUCUUCGUUUUCUCGCCGGACAUAUCGAUUAUAAAAUGAUCAGUAGAGAUUAAACCUCCACUUCGGUAAAAAAAGAAAGAAAGAAAAAAAAAGAGACUGCUUCACCCUGCGAGGGAUCUACACUUUAAUUCUAACAUCCCGCUGAAGAAGUGAGGAAACGCUUCUGGCUUUGAUUUCCACCCUUGGUUUCCUCUCCAGCCUGUCAGCUAUUUUGAUCUCUGCAUGAAAAGUCAAGCGGAAAGUCUUGCAGCAGCAUGCCGAGGAGAAAGCAGCAAGCACCGCGGCGGUCAGCAGCUUAUGGACCUGAAGACGAAUUUAAAGCGGAUAAGAUUGAUGAAGAGGAACAUCUGCAAGAUGAUGGCCUUUCCCUGGAUGGUCAAGAUGCAGACUAUCUUUUCAAUGAUGACGAGGAUGCAGGAGAUCGUUACAGUUGCCAAAACUCUCCACUCAGCAAUGGCACCAACCCAGACGCUGGGUACGCCUCUCCACUCAGCACCACCAGUGAUCAUCUGGCUGACCUUAAGACCAUGUCCUCCUUUAAUGAUCAGGACAAGGUAGAGAAGAAGCUAGGGGAGAGCAUGGAGUCCAUCAAUGGCCUCUCACUACAGGACAGUCUGGCAAAAAUGAAAUCUGUCUAUGCAAACCUGAUCUCGGAUGCCUCCUGGUCCAGUAUUGCUCUGGACAUGCUUAAAAGUAAACAAAGUAAAAAUUACGCAGCUAGCAACGACAAUGGGAGCAAUCACAAAGAGAGCAAUGGGUUCCUUAACAGUCACAGCCCAGGCAACAUCCAUCUGAAGAGCAGAUGUAGUACUAGCAAUGCCUCAGCCACUACUAAUAUUACCAUCAGCAGUACCACUACCAGAGCAGUGUCAAGCAACAGCAACAGUGGCACCAGUGUAAGCUCUGGAAGCACAGGAGGAUUAUCUUAUGAUUGGCACCAGGCAGCAUUGGCCAAAACCCUACAGCAUACCCCAUACCAGCUCCUUCCUGAACCAAGCCUUUUCAGCACUGUGCAGCUUUACAGGCAAAACAAUAAGCUCUAUGGCCCUGUGUUUACUGGUGCCAGCAAGUUCAGGUGCAAGGACUGUAGUGGUGCAUAUGACACUUUGGUUGGCCUGACGGUGCACAUGAACGAGACGGGCCACUACCGUGAUGACAAUAAAGAUACUGAGGAUGAUCGAAGCAAGAGGUGGUCCAAGCCACGUAAGCGUUCUCUGCUUGAGAUGGAAGGCAAAGAAGAUGCCCAGAAAGUUCUUAAAUGCAUGUACUGUGGCCACUCUUUUGAAUCCUUGCAAGACCUUAGUGUUCACAUGAUCAAAACUAAACACUAUCAGAAAGUGCCUCUAAAAGAACCAAUGCCAGCCCUUACCUCAAAGCUGGUACCCCCAACCAAAAAAAGAGCAUUUCAAGACUUGAUGUCCCCGAGCUCGCCAGAGUCCGUCUCAUCUGGCAUACUCCUGGGAGAGUCUCCCAAAGACCAAAAAGUGGCUAAUCCUUAUGUCACUCCAAACAAUCGAUACGGUUACCAAAAUGGUGCCAGUUAUACUUGGCAGUUUGAGGCACGCAAGGCGCAAAUUCUCAAAUGCAUGGAAUGUGGCAGUUCACAUGACACCUUGCAACAACUGACAGCCCAUAUGAUGGUCACAGGGCACUUUCUUAAAGUAACCAAUUCAGCCUCUAAAAAGGGUAAGCAGUUAGUUUUUGAUCCUGUCAUUGAGGAGAAGUUUCAGUCAAUUCCUCUGCCACCGACUACAACAAGACUACCAGUACCCAAUGGGAAGUCACAGCCUGACUCCCCAUUGCCGCCAACUAGCCCUGAGGAGAAAACCGAAGAAACAAAUGAUGAAGAGGCAGAAGAGGAAAAAAUGGACGUGAUGGAACCAGAGAAAAAAAUAAAAGAGGAGAAAGAAGAUCCUCCUGAAAAAGCUGAUAAACCUAGAAAGGCCAGAUCUUACCAAUAUCUAAGAGAAGAAGACUUGGAAGAGGCGCCUAAAGGUGGCUUGGACAUCCUAAAAUCUUUAGAGAAUACAGUUUCAAGUGCAAUCAGCAAGGCCCAAACAGGCACACCAACCUGGGGUGGAUACCCCAGUAUUCAUGCCGCCUAUCAGCUCCAUGGAUCCUUGAAGUCUACUUUACCGUCAUGUGCACAAGUUCAACCUUUGUUCAGCAGCAACAGUUUAAAGUUACUGUCCUCUGAUUUAGGCACUCUGAUCCAUUCACCAAAUAGCCCCUCUCCACCUCCCAGUCACAAGAGCAAUGUGCUGGCCAUGGAGGAGCUAGUUGAGAAAGUGACAGGGAAAACUUCUGUAAAGAGUGAAAAAGAGGAAAAACCUGUACAGAGUAAGUGCAGGUCUGCAAAGUCUCCAUUGCCAAAUCCUAAGGACAAACAUGCUUCACCCAAUCCAGAAAACCGCUCAAAAGCAGUGACAAAUACUGCAGUAAAGGACCAGAGUCGAGGCAAAGAAGGAGAGCAGACAGAGAGUAAAGGAGAGACACCAAUAAAGAGUGAAGUUGAUUCACCAAAAAAGCCUGUAAGCAACAGCUGCAAUAACCUGAGCAUCAUCACUGAUCACUCACCUGAACAACCACUUGUCAACCCUCUCAGUGCUUUGCAGUCUAUCAUGAACAACCACUUGGGGAAAGCUACAAAAGUGGCCACCCCCUUCGUAGACCCCUUUGCAAUGCUUUAUAAGAUCAACAGCAACUCUGCUCAGACUAAGUCAGCAGAGCCUGUGAGUCAGUACUACGAUGAUGAUGAUCAGCCCAUGGACUUGACAAAAUCCAAAAACACCAAUGGAAGUACACCUAAGGGUACUUCUAUGCCAAACAACAAUGGCAGCAUAAACAACAGCAAACCAGCCUUCAAAGAUUUCUCACAGUCUUCAUCUCCGCCACUACGGGAGAAUGCUUUGAUGGAUAUUUCAGACAUGGUAAAAAAUCUGACGGGCCGUUUAACACCAAAGUCUACGACCCCUUCUUCCGUCUCUGAGAAAUCAGACCUCGAUGGCUGUACUUUUGAGGACAGCUCGGAGGAGCUGUCUCCCAUCCAAAGACGGAAGGGCCGACAGUCGAACUGGAAUCCACAGCACCUCCUAAUUCUCCAGGCCCAGUUUGUCUCUAGUCUUAGGGAGACUCCUGAGGGAAAGUUUGUGAUGAGUGACUUGGGACCCCAAGAACGAGUCCACAUCUGUAAAUUCACUGGUCUGUCCAUGACUACUAUCUCACAUUGGCUGGCCAAUGUUAAAUACCAGUUAAAGCGGACAGGUGGCACAAAGUUCCUAAAAAAUAUUGACUCUGGCCAACCUCUGUUUUUGUGCAAUGACUGUGCUUCCCAGUUCAGGACUCCUUCCUCGUACAUUCACCAUUUGGAGUCCCACCUUGGGUUUACCCUGAAGGACCUCUCAAAGCUUUCCAUAGAUUUAAUAGAGCAGCAAGCAGUCAACAGAAUAGAGGACAAGACUUUCAGUUCCUCUGGACUUACAGACGAAGACACUGGCUCGAUAUAUCAGUGCAAACUGUGCAAUCGGACAUUUGUGAGCAAACAUGCAGUCAAAUUGCACCUUUGCAAAACACAUGGAAAGUCGCCAGAGGACCAUCUUAUCUUUGUGAAAAAGUUGGAAAGGUUUGACAAACAAUGAAGCUAAAGCUGAAAGCAUGACAGAUUACUGUUGCACUAUAACUCUAAGCUACAUUCAUAGCUACAGUCAUAACAGAUAGUGCCACAACUGUAUUGAGCAUUGUUACGACAGAUAUUGUAAUGAAAACAUGGUAGCUUUAAUACCACAUUCUGUAAUUAUUCAGUUAUCCAUAAAUGGCAGGACCUUGCACUGCAGAGGCUCAAAGCUACAUUGUAUUGAGUUGAAUGUUUGGUGACAAAAACGUACCAAAUUGGUGCAGCAGCCAUGGCACUAUAUAGUCACUGACUGAUUCUUGCUUUCCUAAUGCACUGCAUCUUAUCUGAGCCUUUGGAAAAAGUCCAUCUGUUGUUUUAAAACUGGACCACGCUCUUAUUUUAAUCACUCAUUUUGAAUGAUUUUUUCAAGAUGAAUAUAUUUCAACACAACUUGCAUAUUAUUUAUGAGACAGUUUGUGCAUGUUUUUUUAUGUAAAACUGAGCAUAUUAUGUCUAAUGAAAUUUCAACCAGGAAGAUAAAACUGAUAUCCCUGUUUAACAAAUUGCAGGUAUAGCCAUUUAUAUGAAGGUAUAUGGUUGUAAAAGUAGCCAUGUGAAAGAAAAUAUUAAGAUCAGCACUUUAAGGAAGUGUAAACUGAUGAAGAAAUGUGUGGGUAAAAAUGACAACACAUCACCCUUUUGAGUUUUAAUUCCCUUGAUUAAUAUGGCAAUUUGGGGGAAUAACUAUAAUGUUUUGUAUUUGCCAUAAAAUCACAAAAAGUCUUACAAAAUGUUUAGAAUAUUUGUUUCUCUAGUAAAAUAUAAUUUCCUGGUUGUUUCAACAUGUACAGUAUUUGCGUUAGUAGGCUACCAAUUUUAUUAUUGUGAAGACAGUUGUAAAAUAAUGAAGUUUAAAAGUUAUUGUAUGAAUAAUCAGCAAGUAUGUAUACAUGUAUGUCAGCAUAUCUUGCUCUUUACAGUUCAACAUUAUUUGUACUGUGUGCAUUUUUAUAAUGUUAUUUUCUAGACAAAUAUGUAUAAAACUACAGAAUAUUGUUGGACCACAAUGUCAUUUUUCAGUGAAAAGUAGGUCCUUCAAUGUGGUUUACAUAAAAUGACACAAUUUUACUGGCAUCUGCUGUGAUGCAUGGUCCUGUACAUACAUAACAUUGAAAAAAUAAAUUCUCACCGAAUGAUAGAUUUCCAGGUUUUAUCAUCAAUCCAAUUAUUCAGAAUGGCAUUCUGCUAUCCUCAGUUGUAAAAUAAACUCCAUGUCCUGGAUUAAA